GCAUCGCCGGCUUAAUCGCACGUCGUCUCACGGCGCUCUUGACUAAAACGCGCUACCUUCCUCGUCCUCGUCCGCGUUCGUCCCCCCUAGCUGCUCAGCGGCAUGGAGCGCACCGGUCGCUCGCCCACGGCCUACCAGCCGCUUCCGGCCCAUCUCCACGCUGCCGCGCAAGAACCUCUCUCGGCAAACGGCAUGACCACCCCAAGCUACGGCGGCCUCGUCGCCCCGGGCAUCGAGUGGGAGUAUGUCAUCAACGCCGAUGGUACCAAAAGCCGCGCGCCUUCCCGUUCCCCUCAGCGAGGCACCGAGACUCAUCGCUCCUUGUCAAAUCCAAUGGAGUCUUCCUCCUCUGGGCCCAACGACCUCCAGGUGCCAUACACCGCGCCCGCUGCCUCAUCAGCCCACGCAUUCACGUCGCAUCCCUCCUCUCACCCCCACGAGCCCACCAUAUCUGAGCAGGCCAAUGCUUACAUCGGUCGGAGCGUCACGCAGGCACAGGCAACCUCGCCUGCCCCCUCCCAAUCCUUGCAAACCCCACAUGUGCCCUCACAGCAAGGCUCGCCUCGACCAGGACGCGCCCCAGCCAGUCCUCGCCACUUUGGCCAGCCGCAGACUCUAGACAACGGCUCCACCCCCGGAUCUUCCACUCCACGGGAUGAUUCCGUUGGUCCACCAAAUGAGUCGGAGCGUCGGCGUGAGCGUGACCGUGAUCGUGAGCGCGAGCGCGACAGAGACCGUGACCGUGAGCACCCAGCCCAGUCGGACCGUCACGCAAAUACCCAUUCGUCCUCGGCUACCUCGGGCUCAAAACCGCGCCGCCAAUACCGCCAGGUUGGCGACUGGAUCCUCCAGAAGACGCUCGGCCAGGGCUCCAUGGGCAAGGUCAAGCUCGGCGUCAAUGUUCGCACCCAGGAGCGAUGCGCUGUCAAGAUUGUCCCCCGCCACCGCGAUGAUCCCACCAAGGUCGACAGCUCUGGUCGCAGCAAGGAUGAGUCAAAGGAGAUCCGCACUGUGCGCGAGGCGUCGAUAUCAUUGCUUCUCCACCACCCUUACAUCUGUGGCAUGCGCGACUUCCUCGUCCACUCGAAUCACUACUACAUGGUGUUCGAGUACAUCGACGGCGGGCAGAUGCUCGACUACAUCAUUGCUCAUGGACGUCUGCGCGAGCGCGCAGCCCGCAAGUUUGCGCGUCAGAUUGGCUCGGCGCUUGACUACUGCCACCACAACAACAUUGUCCACCGUGACCUGAAGAUCGAGAACAUCUUGAUCUCGAACAAUGGCAACAUUAAGAUCAUUGACUUUGGCCUGUCAAAUCUGUACUCUCCUCUGCGUCACCUCUCGACGUUUUGUGGUUCGCUCUACUUUGCGGCGCCCGAGCUGCUCAACGCCAAGCUCUAUACCGGCCCCGAGGUCGAUGUGUGGUCGUUCGGUAUCGUCCUCUACGUCCUUGUAUGCGGCAAGGUGCCUUUUGACGAUCAAUCUAUGCCGGCCUUGCAUGCCAAGAUCAAACGCGGUCUCGCCGAGUACCCGGCCUGGUUGAGCAACGACUGCAAGUCAUUGCUUCAGCGCAUGCUCAACACCAACCCCCAGGAGCGUGCCACGCUUGCUGAGGUGCUUUCCCACCCCUGGAUGACCAAGGGUUUCGACGGCCGCCCACCAGACUCUCAUCUCAUUCACCGUGAGCCCCUUCGCGCCGAGGACCUGGAUCUCAGCGUCAUUCAGCGCAUGCAGGGCUUCACAUUUGGCACUCCAGAGGAAAUCUACGACAACCUCGUUAAAGUGCUCAGCUCGGAGGCGUAUCAGCGCUGCGUGGCGCAGUGGGAGGCGCGCCGCGAGUCUCGACGCUCCGGGGGUCCCGGAUUGAACGGCUCCACGUCACAAACUAUGCUGUCGGCUGAUAUCGAGUCGCCGAAGAAGAAGCGAUUCAGCGGGUUCGACCUGAAGAAGAAGUUCUUCAAGGAAGAGAAGAGGGUCGAGGAGCCCGCCCAGGCCGUCAAGGAGCCGCUCGACCCAAGCAGCGGCUUUGACCCGCUUAUCUCGAUCUACUUCCUUGCGCGAGAGAAGAAGGAGCGUGCCAAGGUCUACGGCGACGCCCACUUUGCUUCUUCGCGCGGCAGCCUCGACGCGUCGUCUAUCAAGCCCGCGGACUUUGGCAGCAACCUGCCCAGCAUCCCGGCCCCGGCGGCCGCGCACGCCGCUACGAGCGCCAUGGCAUACGACGCUACUCCCGGCUCCACAAGAGACAAUGUCGGCCAACCGAGGUUGCGCGCUGAGGAGCUUGCUGCAGCGAAGGGUGUUAUGCAGCAUCCGACUGCGGACUCUGCAAAAACCAACAUUGCGGACGUGCCUAUGGCAGCUCGCCGCGACGGCAGGGCUGCUCAACAACCCAUGAGCAUGGCGGCUGCGGCGGCAGCGAUGGAGGGUGACAACCGCAGGAUGUCGGCAUCGAUCGACCAAGCCGAGCGCCGCAUCUCGGUGGGCUCGAUGACGGGCCAGAUGGCCAAGGCAUCGCUCUCACGUCGGCCAAGCCAGCGCGACUCGAACAACACUUCAACAGGUACAGCCGUCAACCCGGUCACCCCGCCAGACUACCAGGUGCCCGUGGGCUACAUCCAGGACAAGAGUGGCGGUAUCCGCCCCAUUGGCUCGCCCGAGUUGGAUGAGAUCGAGGUGGCCGACGUUGCCAACAUUGACGUCAAGAGCGUGUACCUCAAGGGCCUGUUCUCGGUUUCGACCACGAGCACCAAGUCGGCGCGUACGCUGUUGAGAGACAUCUCGCACGUUCUUGAUCGCAUUGGCAUCAAGUAUAGGCCAAUUCGUGGUGGUUUCGAGUGCAUCCACGUGCCCUCCAUCGACCUCAAAUCGGUGGUCCACGGCGACGAGGCUCGCUCGCAGCUGCACGUGCCGGUAGGCAACGAGUCGUCUACAUCGAAGCACAAGUUGUCGCUGCGCAACUCGAACGCGGCGGGCUCAAACACCACUACGGGACGGGGCGACUCGCCAUUGCCCGCAACGGCAUUAGUCGUGGGCGGCUCAUCGGGCACUGUGGGCAUGCUCGACAGUGCAUCUGGCGCGCCCAAGCCGGCCCGCGUCGAUCUCGACGACGCCGACGCAUGGGGCGCCCAGUUCGGCGCCAACAGCACGCUUUGCGUGCGCUUCGAGGUGUUUGUCGUCAAGGUACCGUGGCUCCCGCUCCACGGCAUUCAGUUCCGCCGCAUUGGAGGCGACGGCUGGCAGUACCAGCAACUCGCAAAGACGAUUCUGCGCGAGAUGCGGUUGUAAACUAGGCGUGCGCCGCGUCGGCCGGCACGCUACGA